CCCAAACAAACAAAUCGCUGCUGUCUGUUGAAUCUCGCUAUCCCUCUCUGCAUCUGCAGGAGAGAUUCGACGACAACCAUCAUGGCUCCUGCAGGAGGGGUGCUGGCCCCCGUGGUCAUGCGCGCCUUACGACAGGUCGCCGCAUCCACCGCCAAGGUCUCCAAAGUGAUCCAGGGCAAACUGUCGCAGCCUCUCGGUCGAGAGGUUCAGCACAUCGCCGUCCGCGCCACCGGCUCCGCGCGACAGCCCAUUCAUCCCGCUGCCUUUCUUCGCCAGUCCAAGCGAGGUGCCCGCUGGUCCUCGACCACCUCCUAUAACCGUCUGAACGCCGCCGUUCGUCGAUUCAUCAGCACCGCCCGCGGCGACGCUACUCACUUCGCCCCAAUUAUCGACCGCACCGCAUUCGCCAAGACGACCGUCGGUCGCGCCUUUGCCCAGUUUCCUGGCAGGGCUCCUUUCUCCCACACUCUUCGACCUAAUCUCACGGGUGGCACCCUGCCCCGCACCGCCGGUGGUUAUGCUAUGCCGGGUUCGGGACGCCUUGGAGGACAGCGUUACUUCAGCCACACUCCUGCCUCCCAGGCACAAGUCGUCCAGAAUGUUUCACAGGCCAUGCGCGCCUUCUGGCUGUCCGGCCAGAGGGCCCACUUCGAUGGAUUCGGUCCCAACGGAGAAAAGUCUUACAAGUCUGUCAGUGUCUUGCACGACUCCGCAGCUACAAAGCUGGCGAGUAUGCCUCGCUUCGUGCCAGGCUCCUUCAUCGACUUCCACAUCAGCCCCACCGUGACGGCUCUGGGCCCUCUUUCCGCUGCCGCCACCGUGGCGGCCGCGUCCAGCUUCGAGGCCAGGCUCAAGUCUGGUGCUUCGACGCUGAACACGGACGGCUUCCUCGACGUCCUGUCGACCGACUUCGCGCGCCAGUUGAAGGACCUCGCCGCUGUCAUGAACGAUCUGAAGAGGCUGGUCGCAUUGGGAGAUUUGCCCAUCGCGCUGGAGAAGAACAACACCCUGCGGGUGCGCUUCCCUGGACUUGACGCAGACACCGUGGAAAGGCUGUGUGAUGAUGUUGGCAUCCAGCGAGGGGUUGUCCGCCAGGAUGUUGACUUCGAUAGCAGCUACGGGUCUCCCAUGGCCCUUUGCUUCCCGCUCGCCCCGGGUGCUGGAGAUGAUCAGGAAACGUUCACGUCUCCGGGUGGGUCCGUGAGGUCGCAUCUGUCUGAGCUAUCUUCUGUGGAGGAAGACGAAGCCUUUUUCGACCAGUACAUCGAGGAGAACCCAUGGUUAUCGGCACCCCCGCUUGAAGUUUUGAGUGAGGAGGGUUAUGAGAGCAUUUCGCCGCCUCUUCCUAGCUCUGCGGAACAUGUUUCGGAAGAUUUUGAUGGAGUAGAGGGCAUUUAUCGGUUUCUCGAGGAAUGUGACCAGCUCACGUCACGACCGAGGUUUUAG